GCUGCUGGUCACACACGACCCAGCUUCCUGUAUCCUCAUCACCUCGGCCACUCCUCCCUGUAGCUAGCUGGCUAGCUAUACCCAAGCGAGCAACACCAUGGCUGUCAACCUCAGCAAAAACGGCCCAGCCUUAACGGCUGCCUAUAAAGAAGUGGUGGAUGAGAAGUCCAGCACCAACUGGGCCUUGUUCACCUAUGAGGGAAACAGUAAUGAUAUCCGCCUGGCAGAAAAGGGAGAUGGAGGGCUGGAGGAGUUGGUGGAGGAACUCAACAGUGGAAAGAUGAUGUACGCCUUCUGCCGUGUCGAAGAUCCAAAUUCCGGCCUGCCGAAAUACGUCCUCAUCAACUGGACAGGAGAAGGCGUGAAGGAUGCGAGGAAAGGCGCGUGUGCCAACCACGUCAGCUCAAUGUCCAACUUCCUCAAGGGAGCCCAUGUCACCAUCAACGCACGGGCGGAGGAGGACGUGGAGCCGGAGGUCAUUAUAGAGAAGGUGGCCAAGGCCUCGGGGGCCAACUACAGCUUCCAUAAGGAGUCCAAGCGCUUCCAGGACUCCGGCCCCCAGGGGCCCGUGGGCUCCGUGUACCAGAAGACCAACGCCAUGUCCGAGAUCAAAAAGAUAAACAAGGACAACUUCUGGGCCCAGGCUGAGAAAGACGAGGAGAAGCGGCGCGCCGAGGAGAAGGUGAAGGCGGCGGACGAGCGGCAGCAGCUGGACCGGGAGCGGAAGGACCGGGAGACGCAGGAGUCCAGCCUGAGGGACCAGAGGGACAGGGAGAGGAGCUCCCAGAUCGACCAGCAGAAGAAGUAUCAGCAGCAGCAGGAAGUGGAGUGCCGAGAUCGUGAGAAGCCACAAGUGGAGGAGGAGGAGAAGGCGGCAGCAAAGACAGUGAAACGAGGGCUGUCUGUGGAGAAGGCCAACGAGGCCGCCUCGCUCAUCUCCCAGCGGUCCCAGAACCCCAGGGAGAUGUUCAAGCAGAGGGAGAUGGGCAGGGCCCCAGUGGAGCCGGAGGCCCCUACCGCGGGCCCCACCGUCGCCAUGGCACCGGCCAGCCCAGGGCGCCUGCAAAGCCCCUUCCUCUCUAAGCCGUCAUACGAGCCGGAGCGGACCAGCCCCCCUGUCCCGCGGCAGGCUUCCCCCGCCCCCCCCAGCCCAGUGGCCCCCGUCGUUCCCACCGAACCGGAUGUGGAUGAGAGCCCGUCCAGAUUUGAGUAUGAGGAGCAGGAGACCAUCCCACAAGAACCCUGGAAAGAGGAGGAACCAGCUGCAGAGCCCUACCACGCCCAGGAGCCCGAGCAGAGUGCUCUCUACGAGGAGCCGCCUCAGGUGGAGGAGGAGAUCAGCAGCUACGACGUGAGCCCCGGGCAGACCCCCGAGGAGAGCCCUGACCGGGGGCUCAGUGCCAGGGCGCUCUACGACUACCAGGCUGCCGACGACACGGAGAUCUCGUUCGACCCUGAAGACAUCAUCACGGGCAUCGAGAUGAUCGACGAGGGCUGGUGGCGCGGCUACAGCCCCGGCGGCCACUUCGGCAUGUUCCCCGCCAACUACGUGGAGAUGGUGUGAGCCCCGGCCGCGCCCACUAGAUCAGCACUUUGCCCAGACCCCCCCCCCCCCAGACCCCCCAGUGGUACCACACACUCACCCUUCUCCUAGUGGGCUGGAGCCCGAGCAGAAGCCGCUGAGGGGAAGCGGCCGUCCACGUUAUUGACUAACGACGGACGGGUCGCUGGAAGGUAAAAAAAAAAAUCAUGGGGCCAGAUUUUAAGAAGGUAAUAUUGCUCGAGAACAAAAAAAAAUUAUAUUGUAAUGUCAAUUGUUGUAAAUCAUGGAUGGAAUAGCUUAGGGUUUUCCACCGGGAAACCCGCCCCCUAUGUUCUCUCACGAUCACUCACCCCGUGUCCUUACCUGUUGUUGUGAUGCGGUAAAAUGUCAGCCUUUAUUCAUACGUCUUAAAUUCCAUUUGCAGCAUUAAUCACACACUUGUAGUUGACAUUCCUUCUGUGAGCUCGUUUUUGCUCUGGGUUCAGUCUGACAAUAGCAGUCGCUCCUUUCUAUUUCAGGAAAUAAAUUAGUCUUAAUGGGGCUUCUGCUAUGGCGUAAUCGCGAAAGAUUGAAUUUAACUUCUACCUGUGUCUCUGUUUUUGGUGAAGAUAGUCUUUAUUGAGCUUGAAUCUGAUGGGAAUCGCAGAACAACGAUUAGCUGAUGGUUGCCGUUUCAAACCGAUCAUGAGAUGGUAUUUGGUGAUAUGUAAAUAAAAGCGUCCCUUUACUUUGGGUUAUGAGGUGGUCGGUUUCCAUUGGUCCCUGAGUUUCCACUUAUCUUCGCGUACAUAUCACAGACCUUGAAACCAUCGUUGACUUAUUUGUUGAGUUUACUCCUAUAGCUUGGGGAUCCAUUCAGGUCAACUGUUCCACAUGACUGACUGCCAUGAGUGAGGGGAUUUAAAUGAAGUGGUAUCCCAUGUCAUAUAAAGGAAGUAAAAUUAAUUUAAAUGGACACACUCGAAGUAAACCAAUUGAAGCUAAAUUAAUUUACAAAUGUUAAAAAGAUAAUUUGUCUUAAGGGGCAUGAUUCACCUGCAUCAUUCUUUCGUUGUUUUUCCAGAGUAUAUUGUAAUGCAAAGACAUUCAUAAUAAAAUAUUAAAAGUC